AUGGAGUUGCUCAAGGAAGCUCAGAAUGUUAUUGAAAGCACGAUGGAGAGGGUUUCUCAUCUUGCAGAUGAUUUCGUUGAGACCUUUAUUCAUCACUUUGAUGAGGCGAAAAGUGUUAACUGUUAUGUUGUUUUUCCUAAAUCUUUAGACAUUUUGUUUCUAUUGUCGCCUCCAAGGAGGAAAGGAUCCUUUGGGGGAUCCAACAAAUAUAAUCACCUCUAUGGGUGGCAAGGAUCCUGCCUUGGGGAUCUAACAAGUGUAAUUGUCUCUAUGGGCGAUAAGGAUGCCCCCUUAGGGGAUCCAACAAAUAUAAUUGUCUCUAUAGGCGGCAAGCAUCCUCCCUUGGGGGAUCCAACAAAUGCAAUUGCCUCAAUGGGCGGCAAGGAUCCUCCCUUGGGGGGGAUCCAACAAAUAUAA